AGGAGCCCGCCCGGGGCAGAGGAUCCGGGCUCACCUCGGAGCGCCCGGCGGCGGCGAGCAGAGCCGGGCUGCGGGAAGCCGCGGAGGGCGCGCACCGCCUUCACCUACGAGCAGCUGGUGGCCCUGGAGAACAAAUUCCGAGCCACGCGGUACCUGUCGGUCUGCGAGCGCCUCAGCCUGGCGCUCUCCCUCAGCCUCACCGAGACGCAGGUGAAGAUCUGGUUCCAGAACCGCCGCACCAAGUGGAAGAAGCAGCACCCGGGCGCCGACGGGGCGGCCCCCGCAGCAUCCCCCGCGGCGGCGGCGGGCGGUGGCAGCCCCAGCCCGCCGGGCCCCGCCGCUCUGCCCUUCCAGACUUUCCCUUCCUACGCCGCUGCCAACGUGCUGGUGCCUCCGGCCGCCCCCUUCCCGCUGGCUGCCGGCCCCUUCGCGCCCUUCCUGGGCCCCGCGUACCUCGGCCCCUUCUACGCCCCGCACCUGUGAGGCUGUGGCAGCCCCGGCAGCCAGGAGCGCACCUCAGCCCUUCUGACCCAGCGGGGAAGGAACACCGUCAUCACUUCUGCUGCUUCCGUGGCCAUUCGAACUGUAAGAAAGUUGAUUUUUCCUAGGCGUCACGGCAGCAUGCUUAACUUUGACACGCAGAGAAAAAAAAACCCCACUGUAACCACUGGAUUUUAUUAGCACGUUUGAGAUGUAAUUAUAGGUGUUGGAGAUGGGAAAAGCAACCCUCUUUACACAUGCCUGACACUAAUUCCCUGCAGAUUCCUCUCCAAGUUCAUUGUUAAGAUGCUCCUCGUUGCUGUUCGGCUUGCCAGCACACGUCUGAGCGCUCGAGGGCUCGGAGCUGCGGCGCUCGUUAGCGAUGCUGAUGCUGAUGAGCGCGCAGGCGGCCGUGUCGAAUCCC